AUGUCUGAAGAUACUUCACCAAUAAAUGAGAUUGAGCAAAUGAAGAAAGAAUAUGAAGAGAAGAUUAAAAAAAUGACAGAAGAAAAUAAAAAACAGAUUGAAGAGGUUAAACGAUUAAAGGGAUUAAUUCUUAAACAAGAAGAGGCUCAAACAGAAAUAGUAAGUGGAUAUGAAGAACAAAUUUCUCAAUUACAAAAAAACACACAAGUCAUUGAAAAACAAAAAGAAGAAAUUGAAGAAGUAAAACAAGAAAAUAAAGAAUUACAAAAAAGUAUUGAAAGAGCAAAUACUGAAAUUGAAAAACAAAAGAAAAUUAUUCAAACACUAAGUGGUAUUGGAAGAAAAAUGAAAGAAGAUCAAGAAAAAAUUAUUAAAGAAAAGGUCACAAUAUUAGAAGAAGAAUUAGAACAAAUAAAAAAAGAAAACCAAAGAAAAGUUAAAGAAAAUGAAGAACUUAAUACAGAAAUAAAAGAUAUUACUAAUCAACUAAAAGAAAUGGAUGAAAUUAAACAAUUAAAUAUUCAACGGAAUGAAACUAUUACUAAAUUAUAUGAAGAAAAUGAAACAUUAAAAAAAACAGUAGAAAAUUUUACACAAGAUUUACAAAGUAAAAUUAUGAAUGAAACUUAUUAUGUUGAUAAAAGAAUUGUAAACAAAUUAUUAAUUAGUUAUAUAACAAAACCACAUCAACGAAUGGAAAUUGUUAAUCUUAUGUCUAAAAUAAUGGAUUUUACUGACGAAGAAAAACGAUUACUUGGACUUUCUCAAGAAACUACUCAAACUGGAUUGUUUAAUUAUUUCUUUGGUAAAACAGAUGAAUAUGAUGAACCACCAAAAUAUGAUUUAAAGGAUAAAACUUUUGGAGAUCUUUGGGUUGAAUUUUUAUUACGUGAAUCAGGAUCAUUGGAUGCUCAACAACCAACAAAUCAAAAAUAA